AUGGUGUCUAAAAAGGUCCUCAUUAUCGUCGCGUUGUUCCUAGUAACGGCGUCUUACGCGAUUCCAUUUCAUUCGAAGGCAAGUGUGAAACAGCUUGCGCCCCUCCUUUCAUCAAUGGAAGCAGACGUAAUUUCAGAACAGUAUCUGGUCGUGUUCAAGAAUACUGCCGAAGAUUCCAGUAUUGACUACCAUCACGAAUGCAUUCAUCAUGCUAUAAAUUCUGAGAAAAUCAAGUUUGAAAAACGCAGUGAGAAAGGGUACAUGCAGGAAUUAGUCUCCGGCAUUCGACACACAUACAACUUUGAAAAUCUAAAAGGCUACUCUGGGCGAUUUAGCGACGAUGUUCUACAAAAAAUUAGAGAAAGCGAUGAGGUGGCAUAUGUAGAGAAAGAUCAAACAGUCUACGCAUCAGAGCUUCAAAAGAAUGCGCCUUGGGGAUUGUCUCGUAUUUCUCAUCGUGAUCAUUUAUCCUUUGGCACUUUUAAUAAAUAUCCAUAUGAUGAUGCUGCCGGAGAAGAUAUUACUGUAUAUAUUAUUGAUACCGGUGUCAAUAUUAAUCAUACCGAUUUUGAAGACCGAGCCGUUUGGGGUACUACUGUUCCAGAUGGCGACGAAGAUAUUGAUGGCAAUGGCCACGGCACUCAUGUGGCUGGCACUGUUGCUGGUAAACGUUUCGGUGUCGCAAAGAAAGCAAAAGUUGUAGCCGUCAAAGUUUUGCGAUCAAAUGGAUCCGGAACUAUGUCUGAUGUCAUUAAAGGUGUUGAAUGGGCUGCUGAAGCUCACACCGAUGCUGUUAAGAAAGCUAAGAAAGAAGGAAAGACACACAAAGGUUCCGCCGCUAAUAUGAGUUUGGGAGGUGGCAAAAGUCGAACACUAGAUGCUGCCGUUAAUGGCGCUGUCGAUGCUGGUAUUCACUUUGCUGUCGCUGCCGGUAAUGAUAACCGUGACGCAUGCGAUUAUUCUCCUGCCGCAGCAGAUAAAGCCGUUACCGUCGGUGCUUCUAGCAUUGAAGACGAACGUGCCUGGUUCUCAAAUUAUGGCUCAUGUGUUGAUAUCUUUGCCCCUGGCAAGGAUAUCACUUCUACCUGGAUUGGCUCAAAAUCUGCAACUAACACAAUCUCUGGAACUUCUAUGGCAGCACCACAUGUCGCCGGUCUGCUUGCUUACUUCCUAUCACUUAAUGCUGACAACACAUCAGAUUUCUAUGUUAGUCCAUUGACCCCGAAAGAACUCAAGGAUAAGCUUAUCGAAUUGUCGACCAAAGAUAAACUUGAAAAAAUUCCUUCCAAUACGCCAAACAAAUUGGGCAAUCUUCCAUUUAACGAUAUCGAUAUCGAAUAUAAUUUUAUAAUCUUACAUAGAAGACUCUUCAUGGCCUCAACAAGAUCAACGAACACUACCACCUCAAAGCUCGAUGAAAAACGACUUUACAUCGGAAACCUGGAUCCCUCAAUAGACGAAUAUACAGUAGUAAAACUAUUUGAGCCAUAUGGAAAAAUUACACAUUUGGACUAUUUAUUUCACAAGAGUGGUCCAAGACGAGGGCAACCCAGAGGUUACUGUUUCCUAGAGUAUAGUCGUAAAGAGGAAGCUCUGAAAGCCAUGAACGCAAUGCAUUCGAAAGUAAUCAAGCAUCGAUCAAUGAUUGUGACUUUUGCAUAUGCCGCACCAGAUCAUUGUGAAACUGGCAACAAUUAUUUCAAAAAGCGUGGAUCAUCAUCGAUUCUUAAUAAUAGACCGACGACGAUUUCGUUAUUGAAAACGCAUAAAAUGGUGAAUGUUAGCACUGAUUCAAAGAUUCAAGCGCUAGAGCGAAAGUUAGCACAAAUGCAGCAGCCAUCACAACCUUCUACAAAUAACUCAUCUGUCUCGCGGCCAUCACUUUCGUCCACAAAACUAGAAGAAAAAUCAAAAAAAGCAAAUCCAUCGUCACUGCUAUCUACAAUUUCACGAGAGAUUGUAUCGGAUGCCGCAGGAAAUAAACAGCAAAGCAAAUCAAAUAAGGAACAAAGAAGAUUCAGUCCUUAUGAAUUAUCAAAGGGAAAAAAGUGA